AUGGACCAGUACAGUCUCGGCGACGAGGGGGCCCUUCCAGCAGAGCUGCACCUGCCCCCGUUCUCUGAGAACCAGAGCCUCAACUGCAGUGACCCCCUCAACCGCGACCUGGGCCCUGGCCCCCGUGACCUGCUCUACGCUGGCCUGGGUGGUUUGGACCUCGACCCCAGCCUGCCGGCCCCUGAGGUGCCCAGCGAGGCUCUGGAGGACAACCUGGACACCCUGUCCCUCUACUCAGGCAAGGACAGUGACCCCACAAAGCUGCUGGAGGAGUGUACUGACCCCGAGUCUCAGGCAGCCUUGCAGGACCUGGGGCUUGGCAUGCUGAAGGCCCCGAAGGAGGCUGAAGAAGGUGGCAGGGCGGCCUCGGGCAGUGCCCGGAAGGGCCGGCGACAGCACAGCUCCCCACAGAACCCACUUCUGGACUGCAGCCUGUGUGGAAAGGUGUUCAGCAGUGCCAGCUCGCUCAGCAAACAUUACCUGACGCACAGCCAGGAGAGGAAGCACGUCUGCAAGAUCUGCAGCAAGGCGUUCAAGCGCCAGGACCACCUGACCGGGCACAUGCUCACCCACCAGAAGACCAAGCCCUUUGUGUGCAUCGAGCAGGGCUGCGGCAAGAGCUACUGUGACUACCGCUCGCUGCGGCGGCACUACGAGGUCCAGCAUGGCCUGUGUGUGCUCAAGGAGGCGCCCCUGGAUGAGGAGGCCCUGGUGGACUCCCCCCAUGCCCAUGAGGCGGCCGGCCUGCGGCCCCUGGUACCCCCCGAGGCCCGCUCACCCGGCUCGCUGCUGCCCAGCCGGGACCUGCUGCGCUGUAUUGUCAGCAGCAUUGUGCACCAGAAGAUGCCGUCCCCAGGCCCCGUGCUGGCUGAUGGCGAAGGGAGGCCUGCGGCCUGCCCCUGCCCACCCCCCACAGGGCCCCCCUGCACCCUGGUGGGCACCCCCACCGUCCCUGAAGGGCCCGACGAGCCCCGCUCUCUGCGGAAGGAGCCUGCAGACACCCGAGCAGCAGAGAAUGGCGGCCCUGACCUGGCCGAGGCCGAGCCUGUGCCGCUCCAGCUACCAUCCACCCUGGAGGCCUGGCCCGACAGCAGCCCCCUGCCCACUUGCCUGCCCCUGUUCCGAGGCCAGGCUGGCCCUUCAGGCGCACCACCAGCUGGCCAUGGCUUCCAGUGGCUGCGGAACCUGCCGGGCUGCCCCAAAGGCAAAGGCAACAGCCUGUUUGUGGUGCACAAGCCACCCACCGGGCUGGCCCGCGAGGGCCCACAGGCCGGCUCCACGCCUUCUCCCGAUGAGCCAGAGCCCCUGCCCAGCUCAGGGCCUGGCCUGGAGGAGGCGCUGCCCUUCCCACCCUCACUCCUAAAGGUGUCUGGGGAGGUGGUGGGCGACCCCCGCUACGCUGGAGGGGAUGACGACAGCUGGGCAACCAAGAAGAGCAAGUUUGAGAGCGAGGCCCUGGCCUGGCCCGGCCCCGCGGAGCUGGGCGCACUGCCCCCCGACGCCACCCCGCUCUUCCGCCAGCUCUUCCUCAAGUCACAGGAGCCAAUGGUGAGCCCCGAGCAGAUGCAGGUGCUGCAGAUGCUUGCCAAGUCCCAGCGCCUCUUCCCGCAUGCGCCCGGGACAGCUGGGUCCUGGCCGCAGCAGUCCCCACUCCUGCCACCUGCUGCAGCUGAUGCUGUGCACAUUGGGGCCGGGAACCCUGAGCCCGAGGGCUCCCCAGCCCGCCGGAGGAAAGGCUCGGCCACCUUCCCCAGGGAGGCCUCCCCGGGCAGCAGCAGACGCGAUUCCAAGGGAGGUGCCAAGGCAGCUGCCACUCCCCUACCCCUUGGGGCUGCACCUCUGGACACCCCCGGGAACCCCGACCUCUCCUCUCUGGCCAAGCAAUUGCGAUCAUCAAAAGGUACUUUGGACCUGGGUGACAUCUUCCCUGCCGGGGGCCCUCGGCAGGCUCCGCUGAGCGGGGACGAGCCCCCCGGAGUUCAGCUGGGCGGGAAGCAGGCCCAGGCUGAGAAUGGCGUGGCCUCAGGGACUGCCAAGGCUGAGAAGGUCCCGGCCUGCUCCCGUGGUGGCUACCGGCUACUUCCGAGCAACCCCCGCGCCCAGCGCUUUUCGGGCUUCCGGAAGGAGAAGGUGAAGAUGGACCUGUGCUGUGCUGCAUCCCCCAGCCAGGUGGCCAUGGCCUCUUUCUCCUCAGCUGGGCCACCUGUGGAGGCCCCCCGCGACUCCAAGUCCAAGCUGACCAUAUUCAACCGGAUCCAGGGUGGAAACAUCUACAGGCUCCCUCACCCCAUAAAAGAGGAGAACAUAGCCAGCAGCUGUAGCCAGCAGAAUGGGGGCCCUCCUGACCGGGUGGAGUCCCGGAGCACCUAUGUCUGCAAGAACUGUGGCCAGAUGUUUUAUACUGAGAAGGGGCUGGGCAGCCACAUGUGUUUCCACAGUGACCAGUGGCCAUCCCCUCGGGGCAAGCAGGAGCCACAGGUGUUUGGCUCAGACUCUUGCAAGCCUCCAAGACAGGUGCUGAGACCCGAGGGGGACAGGCAGAGCCCCCCAGGAGCCAAGAAGACUUUGGAUGGCCUGGCAGCAGCCCCAGUAGUAGCCUCUGUACCUGUCCCUGUGGCUUCCAUGAGCCGGCCCCCUGGGAGCACAACCAAGGGACAGGAAAGGGAGCGGGAGGAGAGAGAUGGCAAGGAGAGCCCACACCGGAAGCGGAAGAAGCGCCCCCAGCCCAAGGCCCUGCUCAUCCCCCCACCGCCCGCCCCGACGUUUGGGGAGCUGGGCACCGGGGGCUGCCACCAGAGCUGCUUGCGUUCCCCCGUGUUUCUGGUGGACCGCCUACUGAAGGGGCUGUUCCAGUGCUCACCCUACACUCCGCCACCCAUGCUCAGCCCCAUCCGUGAGGGCUCGGGGCUCUACUUCAACACACUGUGCUCCGUGUCCGCCCAGGCCGGUCCCGACAGGCUCAUCAGUGGCACGUUUGACCAAGGGGAUGGCAGCAUCAGUGUCUCCGUGCUGAAGGACGAUACCAAGAUCAGCAUCGAACCGCAUAUCAACAUUGGCAGCCGGUUCCAGGCUGAUGUGCCGGAGUUGCAGGAGCGGCUGCUGGCCGGGGCAGAUGAAUGUGGUGCUUCCCUGGUCUGGAAGCCAUGGGGAGACGUGAUGAACAACCCAGAGACCCAGGACAGAGUGGCCGAGCUCUGCAACGUGGCCUGUUCAAGUGUGAUGCCAGGAGGGGGCACCAACCUGGAGCUGGCACUGCACUGCCUGCACGAGGCUCAGGGCGAUGUGCAGGUCGCUCUGGAGACUCUCCUGCUCUCUGGUCCCCAGAAACCACGGACCCACCCCCUUGCCAACUACCGCUACACAGGUUCUGAUAUCUGGACCCCUGUGGAGAAGAGGCUCUUCAAGAAGGCCUUCUGUGCCCACAAGAAAGACUUUCACUUGAUACACAAAACGAUCCAGACCAAGACUGUAGCCCAGUGUGUGGAGUAUUACUACAUCUGGAAAAAGAUGAUUAAGUUUGACUGUGGCCGAGCGCCUGGGCUGGAAAAGAGGGUCAAGAGAGAGGCAGAAGAGGCCGAGAGGACGGAGGCCAAGGUCACGUGCAGCCCUCGGGAGAGGCCCAGCCAUCGCCCAACUCCAGAGCUAAAGAUGAAGACCAAGAGCUACCGGCGGGACUCAAUCCUCAACUCUAGUCCCAACCCGGGCCCCAAGAGGACCCCAGAGCCCCCAGGGAGCGUGGAGGCCCAGGGCGUGUUCCCCUGCAGAGAGUGUGAGAGGGUGUUCGACAAGAUCAAGAGCAGAAAUGCGCACAUGAAGCGGCACCGCCUCCAGGACCACGUGGAGCCUGUGGUGCGUGUCAAGUGGCCAGUGAAGCCUUUCCAGCUCAAGGAGGAGGAAGAGGAGGAGGAGGAGCUGGGGGCGGGCAUCGGCCCCCUGCAGUGGUGA